GGUCGAUACAAAUUAAAUCAACUGUUAAAAUGGUGUUAGUCUCACUAACUGAUCUCAGUUCACAGUAGAACUCUCCCAAAAUGUCUCUGCUUUCAGAUCUCGUCAACCUCGACCUCGCCGAUCACACGAAAAAGAUCAUCGCCGAGUACAUAUGGAUCGGUGGAUCUGGUAUGGACCUCCGAAGCAAAGCCAGGACCCUUGCUGGUCCGGUCACUGAUCCAUCGAAGCUUCCGAAGUGGAACUAUGAUGGGUCGAGCACCGGUCAAGCACCGGGGGAAGACAGUGAAGUGAUCCUAUACCCUCAAGCAAUAUUCAAGGAUCCAUUUAGGAAGGGCAACAAUAUCUUGGUGAUGUGUGAUGCAUACACACCAGCUGGUGAGCCUAUUCCAACAAACAAGAGACACAAUGCUGCCAAGAUCUUUAGCCACCCUGAUGUUGCCAAAGAGGAGCCAUGGUAUGGGAUUGAGCAAGAGUAUACUCUCCUGCAAAAGAAUGUUAACUGGCCGCUUGGAUGGCCUCUCGGAGGUUUCCCUGGACCACAGGGACCAUACUACUGUGGGAUUGGGGCAGACAAAGCUUUUGGGCGUGACAUUGUAGAUGCGCACUACAAGGCAUGCCUUUAUGCUGGGAUCAACAUCAGUGGUGUUAAUGGAGAAGUCAUGCCUGGACAGUGGGAAUUCCAAGUUGGCCCAUCAGUUGGCAUUUCAGCUGGUGAUGAGGUGUGGGUAGCUAGGUAUAUUCUUGAGAGGAUUGCUGAGAUAUCUGGAGUGGUUGUCUCAUUUGACCCCAAACCAAUUCCUGGCGAUUGGAAUGGUGCCGGUGCUCACACAAACUACAGCACUUUGUCGAUGAGGAACGAGGGUGGAAUUGAUGUGAUUAAGAAGGCGAUUGAGAAGUUGAAGCUGAGGCACAAGGAGCACAUUGCUGCAUAUGGUGAGGGCAACGAACGCCGUCUCACCGGAAAGCACGAGACUGNCCCCCCCCCCCCCCCCAAACACACACACCAAAAACAAAAAAAAUAAAACCCACGGUUAUAUAUUCCCCAUGGUCAGAAAAGAUCUCCCCAAAUGCCAAUUUUUCCCUUGUCCAGAAAAGAUCUUUCCAUUAUCUUUUGGAACAUUUGAAAUAGUCUAACUACCCUUUAUUUAUUUAUUAGACUUUACCCAAUACUCCACCUAUUUUUAUUAAGGGUAAUUUGAUAACUUUAUCAUUUUUCAACUCUUCUUAAAAACAGUGAAAAGUCUACUUAGAAAAUUCUUUUACAGGGCUAGGAUAGAUCUUCCCAAAUGCCAUUUUGCUUUGUCGGGAGAAAUCUUUCUCUUACUUUUUUUAACGUUUAAAGUGUCACUACUACUGCCACUAACUUUGUUCAUUAAUAUCACUCAUUUCAUUUAAUAAUACUCCAUCACUUUUAUCAAGGUUAUUUUAGUAAAUUGGCACCUUUUUCAACUCUUUUUAAAAAUCAUAAAAAGUCAAUUUGAGAAUAUCUUUUCCUAGUGUUUUUCGAAAAAAUGUUGAAGUUAUUAACAUGUGCAAAAUGUUUCAGGGUGUGGCGAACCGCGGCGCCUCAGUUCGCGUGGGACGGGACACGGAGAAAGAUGGGAAAGGGUACUUUGAGGACAGAAGGCCAGCGUCCAACAUGGACCCCUACACGGUGACCUCCAUGAUCGCCGAGACCACUAUUCUGCUUAAAGAAUAAGUGGGUGGUCGGGAAGGUCGGACGUGCAUCUAUGUUUCCGGGGGUGUGCGUUUUGUUGGGAAACCGAAACCAUUGUUGUAUUUUUCUUCUUCUUCUUCAUGUGCCCUUUUUUCUAGCUUGUUUGUUGUUUCUUGGGUUUUUCUUAGGACGGGCGUCGUCCUGAUCGACCAAACGAUGUUUUAUGGUCUGUUUUUUCUUUAAAAAAACAGAGAUAUAGUUGUUUUAGUGUCACGUGGCAAUAUUUUUUGUCAUGGAAUAACAAUGAAGUGAAUAAUAUUUACUAGUUGGU